AAUAGUGGUAUAUACAGCUGUUUUAUGUGUCGGUCUGUGUACGCGUAUGUCCCAGUGUUUGCGUAUGUACGCCGUGUGCGCGUUUAUCGUAUUAUUGUUUAGGUGACUCGGGCGUCUAGUGUGUAUCCGUUGGUACCGAACCCAGAGGUAAAAACUAUGAACGGGUCGAUCGGUUAGUGUCGAACGCGGUUGACAAGUGAUUCGCGUUUAUCGUAUUCGCCGUUAAGACCGAUGACGACGGUUUUGCCGGAAAAAUGAAAGCUCUGCGAAGUAAGAAGACUACCAGAGUGGCCGGAUCUUCUGAUACGAAUGGAGCAUCCAGUGAACUAGACGUUAUGACGGCCGAUGACGAGGUGGUCGAAAUCAAAUCAUCCGACUCCGAGAAAGAAUACUUAAUAAGCCAACGCAAAUCCGGUAAGAAACGCAAGAAACGUCAUCACCAUCGUAGUAAUCGUAACGGUAAGGAUCAUAACCGAGUGAGUCCUAUGACGGUGUGGGCUAAAACCGACAAUAUGAAUAUCACCGACGUGGUCUGCGCGGAUCACGACAUCAGUUUAAGGAUAACGAGAGUCAACGGUGAUAUUUGGAAAGCCGGGCCGGUUUCGGAAGGUUUGACAGGCGGUGUCACUCCGGCGAUAGCGGCGGCUCCGGUACAGAAGAAAAUCCAAGGAAAACCCGACUCUCCUAUGGUCGAAAUCGCUGGCGACGUCGACUGCCCCGUAUCCGGCGACAAAGACCAGUUGUUUGAUGUCAACGACAACUCUGUCGAGUUAUUGGAAACCGCGUUCGUCAUAGACGACGAUGAAGAAAACGAAAACGAAGAAAGGAGAGCCUACGUCGAUAGGACCGUACAGUUUCUGGACUCAUCUGAGUGCGUUGUAAAAUCUGAAGAAUCCUUAAUCGAUUCGAACAUCAUCAAGUUGCCCGAAGGCACCACAAUCCACGAGGUGAAGGAUGAAGGAUUCGUCAGCACGCCGGUCAGUCCGGGUCAGCCGCCUCCUAUGACUCCGAUAUGCACGUUUGGCGAGUUGACAAUUACACCGGAGCCACAACAAAAGGAACCGCUUAAUUUAGAAACCUCGGGCAAACGGUCUUCGCUGGAGCCUAGACUAGAAGGCCAACCCGCCAAAAAGGAACGUACGGUACCCCCUUCAGUUACUCCACUUCCUAUAAGUGAGUACAACGAUUUUGAUUCGUUAACUGAUCUCAAGUCACUAUUUUCCUACUCGGGUAUUACCAUGACUGAUCCAAUUAAAAUACCUUCGGGUAGGUUAAACGCUCUUAUGGUUAACCCGAUAAACGAAAUAUUCAGUCUUUUGCGUGUGCCUCCUACGUCUUCAAAAGACGGAGAAAUGUUGGAAGUGCCGAUUGCUAGUUUAGAAGCGAUGCUUAAAGAUUAUGUUUUUUUGAAAAAUGAUCAAAAAACUGAAGAUAAUGAGCAAUUUAUUAACCAUAUGUUAAAGUAUUCGCCUAAGGACGUAGCGGAAUCGAUUGCGGAACAGAUGAUGUUGCCGUUAUCUAACUAUGCACCCGAUCAACAGGCAUUCAGUUACAAUCAGCAAAUUAAUUCUUGGCGAGAUCCUUCUUACCCCGUUGGUCCUCCUAAGCCGGUGCCACCUCCAUACCCUACGACCGAUUGUAAUAAGCCGGGAGAAUGCUGUAAACAACCUUUUCCGACUAUAUCGCCUUCGCCAAUGAAACGGCCGACCAGACAGCGACAGAAGUCUUGUUGCAACAAGUCGUCUGCUCCUUAUGGUACCUUUUGGCCCAAACCCGGUUACGAUUCGUUUGCAAUCCCGCCAAUUGUUCACGACACUCCGAAGACACCUCAUAACGCAUAUCCGAUCAACAACAAUAUUCUAAACUAUAAACAAUAUCCCGCCAACCACGCUCUCGCAUACAACGCAUCCGAUACGCUAGCAUCGACGUAUAACCCGCUGCUUCCACCAUCACAUUUAUCACAACAACAGGCCAUAUCAUAUACGCCACCACCGGGUGAACACAUUCUCCGAGAAACUAGUUUAAACUACCACCAACCCUCUAUUGAUAAUAGUAGUACCGGCAAUAGCAGUUGUGAUAGCAGCGGUGAUCGCCAGUCUCCUGCUACUUCUAAUACUGGAUCUGAACACCAUCAGUCCUCCUACAACACGCCUUCCAGAAGCAGCCAAGGCAGCUGUCCUUCACCACAACUGCCAAUCAUCAGAGUCAGAACUCCAUAUCACAGUCGUGAAAUUCCACCUCCUACAAACUUAAUAAACGUAAGAGUGACUUCUCGUGUAUGGAACCCGUUCAAUAGCAGCCCGAGACCGCAUAAUAAUGAAGAUUCAGAACCAUCAAAUAUGUCUCAAUGGCAUAAUCCUUAACACCGUAUUAUUAUUAAGUUAUUGUGCCAUUAUUAUAGAAACAACAUUAUGUCCUGCUUGUAAGUUAAUAUUAUACCCCAUAGUAGAAUAGAUAUACAGUAUAUUGUAGUGUAAUAAACAAAAAUCGAUUGUCGAUUGUCCUUGACCCUUAAGAAAUCGGUAUCGGGGUUUGUUUCCCGCAAUUUUUCCCUUCUAAACUUAAAGUAUAAUUAUUUGUAAAGCGAUCGAUUUUGAAAUCUUGCCUUCGCCUUUUUGGACGACGUUUUUCUGUUUUUGGAAAAGAAGAUAACAUCUAAGUAUGAGCUAAUAAGUGUGGUGCUGAAAAAAAUGUAGACUUUUUAUUUUAGUUUUGAAUUAUUAUUUUUAUUUCGUUUAAUGUAAACAAAUUCCACCUGUAGUUAUAAUUAAAAAUAUUGUUUGUUUUAUGUUUUCUUUUGUAUAAUUUUAUUUUUGUUGUCCUUUUGUGUUUUUGUGUAUUUUUAAGUUAAAUUAUUAUUGAAUGGGGUUUGAUGUUUAUGUGUCGGUUAAUCGUUUAACUUUGACAGGUUUAAAAAUAGAUUAUAGUAUUAUAAUAUGAGUUAUUUGUUUGUCUUUAACUUUUGAGACCUCAUGCAAAUGUAAGUACGACAUUUUCGGUUUCUUUUACCAAUGUAUUGGCAUUUCAGUCUUCUGUACUAGUCUCACCUAAUUUUAAGGUAAAAAUAUAUUAUUUUGUGUGUAUAAGAAAUGUCUAUUUAAAAGUGACGCGCUUACCUAUGUAUACAUUAAUUUAUUUUAUUUUAAUGACGUUAAAAUACUCUAGAAGAUAGCUAUUAAAUUAUAAUCAGUCAUUAAUAGUAAUAACUAAUAAUUAAUAAUAAUAAUUUAUUGUUCCUGUAAUACACCAAUGUAGAAAUAUUUUGGAUUUCAUAAUAACAAUUUAAUUAUUACUAUCUAGUACCUAACAUAAAAGCGGGACUGAAAAAUUCCUCUGCGUGCCGAAAAAAAUAAGCAUUUUAUGUAGUUUGUUAAGGAAAAUCAAAUUAUCUCUACACUCAUGUUUAUUUUUUUUUUAUUAAGCCUUAAUUAAAUUAAUUUAGAAAAAUGUUCAUAAAACAAUAAUGUAUAUUUCAUUGUUUUAUACUCCUAGUUAAUUGUAUGUAAGCUUUUCGGAUUCCACAAUUGUUUUAUUGCGGAUUAUAUAAAUAUAUAUAUAUAUAUAUAUAU